AUGAUCUUUUUGUUAUCUACUUAUAUUCGUUUCCCCUUUUCUUUCUUUUUCUUUCUUUCUUUCUUUCUUUCUUUCUUUCUUUCUUCUUUUCCUUCUUAUGUAACUACCCCAUUCUUUCUAUCUUUCCUUCUUUAUUUCUCUCUCUUUUUCUUUCUUGCUCUUUUUCGAGAUAACACGGGUAAUUAUUCGAAUCUUUCUUUCUUUCUUUCUUUCUUUCUUUCUUUCUUUUUUACUUUCUAUCUUUCUUUCUUUUAUCUUCUUGUCAAUCCCAACUCUCCUCUUGCCGACUUACCCAUUAGUGUUCAUAUAACACUAUCUACUACUGUUUGUUCCUUAUCUAUCUAUCUAUCUAUCUAUCUAUCUAUCUAUCUAUCUAUCUAUUUAUUUAUUCACAGGGGCAGAGAGGCCGGAGUGACGUCAUUUUUUAUUCUCACGUCCUCAUUCUCACGUCUUCAUUCUUCAUUCUCACUUCGUCAUUCUCAUAUCAUAAUUCUCUAUUCUCAUUUCUUCAUUCUUCAUUUAUCAUUCUCAUUCUUUAUUCUCACUUCUUCAUUUUCACUUCUUCAUUUUUAUUCUCACUUAUUUAUUCAUUAUUCUCAUUUUUUCAUACUUAAUUGUCAUUUCUUCAUUCUCCAUUCUCAAUUAUUCAUUCUCUAUUCUCAUUUCAUCAUCUGUGAUUCUACAUUAUUAAUUCUUCAUUCUAACUCCUUUAUUUUCACUUCUUUAUUCUUCAUUCUCACUUAUUUAUUCUUCAUUCUCAUUCUUUCAUUCUUCAUUCUCACCUAUUCGUUCUUUAUUCUCAUUUCUUCUUUCUUCAUUCUCAAUUAUUUAUUCUUCAUUCUCAUUCUUCAUUCUCACCUAUUCGUUCUUUAUUCUCAUUUCUUCUUUCUUCAUUCUCACUUAUUUAUUCUUCAUUCUCAUUCUUUCAUUCUUCAUUCUCACCUAUUCGUUCUUUAUUCUCAUUUCUUCUUCUUCAUUCUCACUUAUUUAUUCUUCAUUCUCAUUCUUCAUUCUCACCUAUUCGUUCUUUAUUCUCAUUUCUUCUUUCUUCAUUCUCACUUAUUUAUUCUUCAUUCUCAUUCUUUCAUUCUUCAUUCUCACCUAUUCGUUCUUUAUUCUCAUUUCUUCUUUCUUCAUUCUCACUUAUUUAUUCUUCAUUCUCAUUCUUCAUUCUCACCUAUUCGUUCUUUAUUCUCAUUUCUUCUUUUCUUCAUUCUCAAUUAUUUAUUCUUCAUUCUCAUUCUUUCAUUCUUCAUUCUCACCUAUUCGUUCUUUAUUCUCAUUUCUUCUUUUCUUCAUUCUCACUUAUUUAUUCUUCAUUCUCAUUCUUCAUUCUCACCUAUUCGUUCUUUAUUCUCAUUUCUUCUUUCUUCAUUCUCAAUUAUUUAUUCUUCAUUCUCAUUCUUUCAUUCUUCAUUCUCACCUAUUCGUUCUUUAUUCUCAUUUCUUCUUUCUUCAUUCUCACUUAUUUAUUCUUCAUUCUCAUUCUUUCAUUCUUCAUUCUCACCUAUUCGUUCUUUAUUCUCAUUUCUUCUUUUCUUCAUUCUCACUUAUUUAUUCUUCAUUCUCAUUCUUCAUUCUCACCUAUUCGUUCUUUAUUCUCAUUUCUUCUUUCUUCAUUCUCACUUAUUUAUUCUUCAUUCUCAUUCUUUCAUUCUUCAUUUCUCACCUAUUCGUUCUUUAUUCUCAUUUCUUCUUUCUUCAUUCUCACUUAUUUAUUCUUCAUUCUCAUUCUUUCAUUCUUCAUUCUCACCUAUUCGUUCUUUAUUCUCAUUUCUUCUUUCUUCAUUCUCAAUUAUUUAUUCUUCAUUCUCAUUCUUUCAUUCUUCAUUCUCACCUAUUCGUUCUUUAUUCUCAUUUCUUCUUUCUUCAUUCUCACUUAUUUAUUCUUCAUUCUCAUUCUUUCAUUCUUCAUUCUCACCUAUUCGUUCUUUAUUCUCAUUUCUUCUUUCUUCAUUCUCACUUAUUUAUUCUUCAUUCUCAUUCUUCAUUCUCACCUAUUCGUUCUUUAUUCUCAUUUCUUCUUUCUUCAUUCUCAAUUAUUUAUUCUUCAUUCUCAUUCUUUCAUUCUUCAUUCUCACCUAUUCGUUCUUUAUUCUCAUUUCUUCUUUCUUCAUUCUCACUUAUUUAUUCUUCAUUCUCAUUCUUCAUUCUCACCUAUUCGUUCUUUAUUCUCAUUUCUUCUUUCUUCAUUCUCAAUUAUUUAUUCUUCAUUCUCAUUCUUUCAUUCUUCAUUCUCACCUAUUCGUUCUUUAUUCUCAUUUCUUCUUUCUUCAUUCUCUUAUUUUUCUUCAUUCUCAUUCUUUCAUUCUUCAUUCUCACCUAUUCGUUCUUUAUUCUCAUUUCUUCUUUCUUCAUUCCUUAUUUAUUCUUUCAUUCUUCAUUUCACCUAUUCGUUCUUUAUUCUCAUUUCUUCUUUCUUCAUUCUCAAUUAUUUAUUCUUCAUUCUCAUUCUUCAUUCUUCAUUCUCACCUAUUCGUUCUUUAUUCUCAUUUCUUCUUUCUUCAUUCUCACUUAUUUAUUUAUUCUUCAUUCUCAUUCUUUCAUUCUUCAUUCUCACCUAUUCGUUCUUUAUUCUCAUUUCUUCUUUCUUCAUUCUCACUUAUUUAUUCUUCAUUCUCAUUCUUUCAUUCUUCAUUCUCAUUUCUUCAUUCUUCAUUCUCAUUUCUUCAUUCUUUAUUCUUAUUUUUUCAUUCUUCAUUCUCUUCUUUCUACUCUUCCAUAUUUCUUUUCUUUUCUUUCUUCCUCUCUUUCUUUCUUUUCUUAUUUCCCUAUAUUCAUUCUAACUUUUUUUUCUAUUCUAUUCUAUUCUAUUCAUUCCUUCACUUUUUCCUUCUCCGAACUAUACUUCUUUCUCUUUUUCUUUCUCUUCUCUCUAUUCUUUUUCUUUGUAUAGAUUUCUCUUCCCACCCCCGACUUCACCCUCUAUUGUAUUUUACUUUCUUUUAUUAUUUCUGUUUAUCCAUCUCUCUUUUCUUUAUUAAAUACUUUUUUUCUUUUUCUUCAUUUACUUCGCUCUCUACUCUUUCCUCUUCUCUUCUUUCAUUUUUACCUUUUUCUCAUAUCCAUUACUUCCUCCCCCACCAUUUUCUUUCACCUUUCUACGUUCUUCAUAUCAUUCUUCUUGUCCUUUUGACAUUAACCUUUUCCUUCCCAACCCCUUACCGCGAUUUGCAUACGCUGACAAGGAUUCUUUAG